AGAGAGAGAGAGAGAGAGAGAGAGCAUGAAGAAACACCUGGUAAGUGAGUGAGCCAACCAUUCAUUGGACGACGGCGGACAAGAAGGUUCGGCUGCCGAGCUGUCAAGUUGUCGGGCUUAUUGGCCGCAGUCAUAGAAACCACGGUAAAAGCGUCAUGUCCGAUACCCUACUUGCCUACCUACACGAUACCUCAGAGCUUACUAUGUACACGAUGUCUACAGACUGUCUGGCGGCGGCCUCCGCUAAGCACUUGCGACGAUGCAUCGGGACGACUUCGGUUAUAGAAGGGUCGGCUGCCCCUGCGACUGCCCCAUUCUUCUUUUCUCCACACACCGAAUGUUCUACGUAGUACUACGUAUAGUGUUAAGAUUGCCUUCUACGUUUGGCAUCUAUUGCCCGUCGAUAGUUUAUCGAGAUGGGAACAGGUCCUACCCCGGCCCCGGCACCGGCUCUUCCGCCCACGGCGGCCACUGCAUUCCCUAUUCCGGUUCCUCGGCACAGCCUCUUUCGACAGGUUGGAUUACUGGUACCGCAAUGCAAAGCACGUACUGGUGGGGUGGGGAGGAUGGCGAAAGGAAGGAGGAAAGCCGCAAUAUGCUACUAGUAGUUUACCAUAGACCCCUGGGUCGCCCUGGUUCAGGGGAGCUUAGACGUUGUCAGUUGUUAUUGGAUGGCAGGGUAUGUUGCAGGGGGGGCGCGGGUUCAUGCAUGGCCAGUGAGCGAGGACCUUUUGGUCCAUCAUCUUACAUCUUCUUACGGCCUGCCGUCAUGGGGUCCCUUUUUACCUUUCCGGCCUGUUUAUUCUCUUGUCCACUAUUGUCCCACUACGCGCCCCUUCCACUUUCGCGUGACGGCUGUGGUUCGUGGGCGAGGCGGUUCAUGAUACUGGGGGGGCGAGGGAGGGAUGUCAACAUGGACGGGGAUAGCCUGAUAUAGGAUGGCAUGGGGAUGGAUGGCUGGCCGGGGGUGAUGGUGAUGAUGGUUGAUCGGUCGGCCUUGCUGCGUCUUCUGCUUCUUUACUUAAAAGGUCGCCAGCUUCCGCGUCGAUCACCAGGGAAGAGGUUUGGAAAAGACACCCCCGUUCGCUCUUUUCGCCUUACGCUCUUUUCCCACUCCUCCGGCUCCCUCGCCCUCCUCGUCUCCACCGUCGUCCCCCCCCCCCCCCCCC